CAUUGUACGACGACUGGCGUGGCCAGCGUGGGGCGCGGGCCGCGCCCCGAGCCUCACGCAGCAGCAGCGAGGCGAGCCGCAAGGCCAGUGGAGCGUCUCUGUGGCUGCUGUGGGGCUGUGGUCCUGUGGUGCCGGGCGGUGCCGGGGUGCCGGUGGCAGCGCCGGCAGCGCGCCGUAGCAGCAGGCAGCAGUAGUGGCAGUAGCAGCGCGCAGAAGCAAGAGAUCCGCGCAUGCGCAGAGAGCCCAUGUUUUUUUUCUUAUUCUCUCGCUUGCUGUUUUCCUCUUUCUCUGGUGCUCUCCCCCACCCACCCCUACGGCCUAGGUUCACGGGAAUGUCGUGCGCGGCACGAGCGUACUCGCGCUUUUUAAAAUUUCACCCAUGAUUGCGGUCUUCUGAAGGUUUUCAAUGUCCAGAUUCAUGUUUUAGCGGCGAGGCAUCACGCUUUUACGUCAUGGCCCUGCCGCCAAACUACCGGCAGCCCCAGAUCGCAGCGUCUACUCCGCCCGUGCCCCAACGACCACGAACGCAAGGGGCGACUUCCAACUCCAACUCUCCUAUGCCUUCUUCGGCUAACAGCAGCCCCUUUGUGCCGUCACCCCACGGGCAUCCCUCCUUCAACCCUCUGAAACUGGGCUCUCGCGGCGUCGGGGGGGCCGACAGUCGUGUACCAAAACCCCCUAAGCCCCCCGAUAAGCCUCUGAUGCCAUACAUGAGGUACAGUAGAAAGGUGUGGGAUCAGGUGAAGGCCACAAACCCAGACCUGAAGUUGUGGGAAAUCGGCAAAAUAAUCGGUCAGAUGUGGAGGGAAUUGCCGGACGAGGCAAAGCAGGAGUACAUCGAUGAUUACGAGACGGAGAAGAUGGAAUACAAUGAAGCCUUGAAGUCAUAUCACAGUUCUCCUGCAUACCAAGCCUGGGUGGCCGCUAAAGUCAGAGCUCAACAAGCUGCAGAGGAAAGGGAAGCCCUCGAGCGCAGUCCGUCAGUCGUGAGUUCGUCUCUUAUGGCUUCCCAGAAAACGGACGGCAAGGUCAGCAUACAGCCAGCCGAAGAUGAGGAUGGGAUGGGCUCUGGCUCACUGAGCAAUAGCAUUUACCUUUUGGAGGUCAAAGGGUUGAGUGACAUAGACGAGUUUUCGGUGAAGCACAUAGCAGCUUCUCGCUACAUGCGGAAUCACAGGUUGAUCAACGAAAUCUUCAGCGACGCCGUAGUUCCGGACGUGAGGUCUGUGGUCACGACAGCUCGCAUGAGCGUCCUCAAGCGACAAGUGCAGUCCCUCACCAUGCACCAGGAGAAGUUGGAAGCAGAGUUACAACAGAUCGAAGAAAAGUUUGAGGCCAAAAAACGCAAGUUUCUUGAAGCAAGCGAGCUGUUCCAGGCAGAUUUGAAAAAGAGGUGCGGCAAGACGGUGGACUCUGAGACGUACCAGAAGAUGGUGGAGCGUGCCCUGGAGCAGAUGAAGAAAGACGCCCAGGCCAAAGAGGAGCAGAGAGACAAGCAGAAGGCGGAGGAGGGGGCGGAGGAGGACGGUGGCGCCUGCAAGGAGGCCACCCCGGCAGAAGAGUCCCCCCAGGGAAUGCCCGUGGCCCCGGGCAAGGAACCCGGAGAGGAGGAAGAGGAGGAGGAGGAGGAGGAGGAAGGGCAAGGCAACGAGGAGGAGGCGGGGGACGCAGCGCAUACGCCUAUGGAAUGCGAGGACACUGCGGAGAGCCAGGACUCCCAAGUCAGUCAGGAGCGGAGCGACGGGGCCUUCUCGGACCAGGAGAGCAAGGAGCCCAGGGGCAUCGAGGGUGGCAGUAGCAACGACGACACCAGCCAGAACGACGGCGGUCGGAUAGCGUCUCUUGCACAGUCCGAAAUGCCGGGCUCUAACUAGGGGCGGGUUGCUCUCCCCGAGCCUCUUGUUUUGCCAUACCUUUUUACGGAUGACGGGAAUAAUCCACACAGGAAACAGGAGCUGCAGCUUGUCGACGCGGCCAAAGAAGUACUAGAAUGCUUCCCGCCCGACUUUACGAGACGAGCGUUUAGGGAACGUACCAGUAAACUCAGCCUUACCAAGUAGAGUCCGGGAACUAGAUAUCGACAGAGGCGGCUUAAGGUUUUCGGUCUGUUUUAUCACCCAUCGGGCCAAUUUGAAACGUGACAUAUUAAAAACGUUGCAAAUAGGAACUAGUGGCGACAAACGCUUUUUAUAUUCAAUGCCGGUUCUCACGUCGCAACAGCUAAGUCCUGCGGCGAGAGGACCAAAGCACAUAGAUAGCAUUCGGUCGAAGAAAGGUGUAGAUAACGUCAUGCCAGGUUUUGCGGAGUUAUAUUUGUCAUUUUGGUUGACUUGAGCAUCUGAAAUGAUGCAAUUUUAUCUUGGAGCAUUUUUUGUAUGUCACUGCUGUACACAUUUUAAAUAUAAAACUUUCUUAAAGCCAUA